AUGGGGAAAACCGAGCCACCAGAAGAGCCGGAGCCCCCUCUCAUGGAAGCCGGGGGAAAGGCGCUCCCGACGGGCAGGUUCUCCCGCCCCGCCCGCCCUGCCGCGUCCCGCAGACACCGCUUUUCCCAAGCACACGGCGCUUCCCCUCGCCUUUGCCAGCUGAAGGGAGGGCUCGGGGGCUCAGCGCCGGGGAAAGAACGAUCCAUCCCGCGGGAGCCCCUCACCUGUGAUCGCCGUGGGAUGCGGAGAGGCGGGAAGGCAGCGGUAGGGAGCUGGCUGAAUAUGAGCCAGCAGUGUACCCAGGUGGCCGAGAAGGCCAACUGCAUCCUGACUUGUAUCAGAAAUAGUGUGGCCAGCAGGACAAGCAAAGUUCUUGGCACUGUGAGGCGAGACCUCAAAUACUGUAUUCAGUUUUGGGUCCCUCACUACAAGAAGGACAUUGAGGCACUGGAGUGGCAGACGGCCGAAAGCCCGAUCCAGCCCGGCAGCAGCUGUGCCGCGGUGAAGGACCCAGCCCCGGGCUGCCGCCCCAAGCCCUCGCACACGCACAGCAGACUCGGAACACCUGCGGCUUCCGACGCCUUUUUGGCGGGCGGCCCCGCGCAGCGCAGCGGCUCCUCGGGGCGGCGCGCAAACUGCGCGGGUUCCCCGGCAGCUCCCCCGCUACCCGCCCCUCCUCCCCCCGCCUACCCCCUGUUCUGCGGCCACCCCCUCUUCGAGCCGCUACUGCCGAGCGGUCCCGCGGAGCAGCGCGGAGCCCCCCGCGGCAUGGCGGGGUGGGCGGCCGGGCCGUGGCUUUGCGCGGCGGCGGUGCUGUGCGCGGCGGCGGAGCUGCGGCUGACCCUGCUGCACACCAACGACGUGCACGGGCGGGUGGAAGCGCGGGGCGCGGGGACGCGGAGCUGCGCGGGCGCGGAGGAGCGGCCGGCGGGCUGCUUCGGCGGCGUGGCACGGAGGGCUGCGCGGGUGGCGGCGGAGCGGGCCGCGCACCGCAACGUGCUGCUGCUGGACGCCGGGGACCAGUACCAGGGCACGGUGUGGUUCUCCCGCUUCAAGGGCCGGGAGGCCGCCCACUUCAUGAACCUCCUGCGCUACGAUGCCAUGGCAUUGGGGAACCAUGAGUUUGAUGAGGGUGUGAGUGGAUUAUUAGACCCUCUUCUUAAGAAUGCUAAUUUUACAAUCCUGAGUGCAAACAUCAAGGGCAAAACUCCACUAGGAAAUGAAAUGAUGAAGUAUGUUAAACCUUUUAAAAUAGUGCAUUUUGGCUCAGAAUCAGUCGGAAUUGUUGGCUACACUACAAAGGAAACUUCUUUUCUUUCACAGCCAGGGGAUGAUGUAAUAUUUGAAGAUGAAAUUGAAGCACUGCAAUUACAAGUGAAUAAACUUACUGCUAUGGGAGUAAACAAAAUAAUUGCUCUGGGACAUUCUGGUUUUACUGUGGACAAAAAUAUUGCCCAAAAAGUGAAAGGAGUGGAUGUUGUAAUUGGAGGACACACAAACACAUUUCUCUAUACAGGCACCCCGCCCUCCACUGAACAGCCAGCUGGCCCCUAUCCAUUCAUGGUUGACUCAGAUGAUGGGAGGAAGGUGCCAGUUGUACAAGCUUACGCUUACGGAAAAUAUCUGGGUUACUUAAAUGUUACGUUUGACAAGAAAGGAAAUGUAGUUGAAGCAGUUGGAAACCCCAUCCUGCUGGACACCAGCGUUCCCCAAGAUGAGCACGUUAAAGAAGAAGUGGAAGAAUGGAGGAAAAACCUGGGGAAUUAUUCUGAAGAGAUUGGCAAAACAAGUGUUUACCUGGAUGGCACAAGCCAAAUGUGCCGUUUCCAAGAAUGUAACAUGGGAAAUCUCCUUUGUGAUGCUGUGCUUUAUGAGAAUGUUGGAUAUCCAGAUAAAAAGUCAUGGAACCAUGUUUCAAUGUGCAUCCUGAAUGGAGGUGGGAUACGAUCACCCAUUGAUGAGCAGAGCACUAAUGGUAGCAUUACUUUGGAAGAUUUGCUGUCUGUUUUACCCUUUGGAGGUCGUUUUGAUCUGGUAAAGAUAAAAGGCUCCACUUUGAAAGAAGCUUUUGAGCACAGCGUGCGCAGGUACGGGAGCGGAAGCGGAGAGCUGCUGCAGGUGGGAGGCAUCCAUGUGGUCUAUGAUCUCUCCAGAGCCCCAGGAAGCAGAGUUGUUAGCCUGGAAGUGCUCUGCACAGCCUGCCGGGUCCCAGCCUACGUCCCACUCCAGAUGGAUGAAAUCUAUAAUGUGACUCUUCCCUCCUACAUGUUAUUUGGAGGAGAUGGGUAUCAUAUGCUACAAGAUAAAAACCUGGGAUACACUAAAGGUGAACCUGAUAUUGAAGUUGUUUCCCGUUACCUCCAGAGAAUGAAGAGAGUUUACCCAGCAGUUGAAGGUCGAAUCAAGUUUUCUUCUGGAAGCCUUACUGAGGGAAGCCUUCCCCUGAUUUCUGUACUGCUCACUGUAACAUUCCUGUGUACUUGAGGUUUGCUCACUGUGUUUUUGUUUAGAGGAAGGCAGGAGGAGAGAUGGUGCUGAUAAAGGGAAAAGAGAACCAUCCUCUCUUCUUGCACCUUAAAUGAGUGUUUAGGUUGCUGCAUGCCAGCAGCACAAGCAGUUGUCUUUAAUCUGGUGGAGUCAUUGAAGGACAUGGGGUAGAAUUCCUGACUUCCCUCAGGCUGAUUCAGCAGGUAGAAACAAACACACACAACCCCUAAUGCAGUGUUUCAAGAAGCAAAGUAUCAGUGGUUCUUAAUAGGAUUUUUUUUUAAUUUGUCAAAUUCUUUUAGAUGCUUUAUGUAGUGUCUUGAUUAAGAAUCUGAUUCCAGUAGCCUAACCAAGCUUCUAGAAAUUGAUGUAUGUUAUGUGUAUAUACCUUUGUGAUCUUCACUCAGAGUUAAGGCUUUAAAUUUAAUUCUACUUUGCUUCCAGUCAUAUUUAUCAUACCUACACCAGUGCCUGGAAAAAAAAGCUGGAAUAAACUCAGUGUCAUUAAAAUCAAGAGGUCGAGUUAC